AGGAAUAACUUCAGGAUCACGUGGAUAAAUUUGUGAGCCAGUUGGUGAAUCAACUUAUCUUCCUCAACCAGAGCAAUCAUCAGAUAUUGUCACGUGUUACCGGCAAAAUUUCGCUCUACUUAUGAAGCUUUACCAUUACCCCGAGCUGAGCUGCAAGGUUAGUGAAGGCGUGAUCAAGGACGUCAUCCAUCAGCUGAUCAGUCUGCUCACUGAGAAGAAACUCGAAAUGUACGACUCGACAGAAAUGUUUGUCAAAGUUGUCAACUGUCUCGUGCUCAGGAUACUUGAACGCUCCGACCAUACAGCUUGUACUUGUGCCCUGUUGAAACUGCUGUACGAGACGGUUGGCAACGGUGACGCAAUGCUGCCACCCUACCAGGAGCUGAUCAUGAAGUGCAUCUGGAGAGUGCUCAAGUUCAUUCCCGAGUGGUACGAGGAGGAAGAGCUUGAUUACGACCGGAUACUACCCGAUGUUCACACAUUCCUCAAGGACUACCCAUCGCACUGGUGGAAGAAGCAGAAGUCUGACACUCCGCUGCGAACUGUGAAGACAGUGGUUCAUACCCUGGUCAAGAUGAAGGGCUACGACCUCAUGCCCCAUGUCAAGAAGGUCAAGGGCAUCACGCCCGAGUCGGAAAUGUCCACUUACUGCAACAAACUGCUCAGGACACUGAAAGUGGCAGACUCGGCAGCAGUGGGCGAUUGCCAGCAGGAGAAGAAGGAAAACUGCAAGCCACGGCGCAUGCCCAAGUCAUUCCGAGACCAGCUGUCCGACAUUUUCAUGAAGAUCGGAUCCAAGACUGAAACUAAAGAGGUACGCAUCUGUGUCACUUGUAAAUACAUAAAUAAUACCUUGAUAGUGCAGUAA